AGUCGUGUGAAGUAAAUGUCAGUUGUCCUUGUUCUUGCACUUUGCUUUAGGCACACGAGCACGCUCAUAUAGUAGUCGUAUUUUAUAAGUAUUUUAAACACAACGUUUAGAACGCUAAUAAUAGGAAGCAAUGAGAGAGAAAGAGCGAAUGAGUGGCUGGACGAAGAGCUACUGUUUUUACAUUCCUAGUCCGGGAUUUGGCUUUGAAGAAUACUUUAGUGGAACAUUGCAGCGGGGAAAAAAGAAACGCGAAAAAGACAGUGUGACGAUUCUACCAGCACCCAUGUUUAGAGAUGACACCAUUCCUACCGAACUGGAAACUAUAACACCAAAAUUUGAGGACAUCAUGACACACUGGGUGACAGAGCUUAACAAGAUGCAGAAGCACAGCGGUGAGGCUCCUCUGUUCACUGAGAAUCUGCUCUCAGCAGGAAAGGAUGAGCAGCUGUCAGGUCAGCCCUUACUUAGGAGCCCGAAGCCAUUGAAAGCAAGGACAACUUCACCUGAAGGGCAGCUUUUCUACAGACCAGAGAGAUCACACAGAUACCUCCAGGCCAGCGUGCUUGAAUCAACUGCUUAUGAGCUCACUGAAGGUGCCAGACCACGAAAUGCAACUCUGGAGCCCCAACUGGGAAGACCUACCAGAUCUAGUCUCGUAAGAGCAAGACAGCUGGCGCUAUCAGCACCCAGUCACCGCCAUCUAAAAGAAAAACUUAAAUCUCCAAAGGAAUACUCCUCCUACAGAUCACCUCUGAACAGGAAAGAGUAUGUACAGUUUCUAUUCCCUCCUUACAAGAAGCCCUCGCUGUGA